AUGAGAAAAGAAAUAAUAGCUCGAACAGAGGAUUUGAUAUUCAAAUAAGUUAUUCAAAUAUCUAAAUAAGAAUUUUAAAAGAAAUAUGAAUUAAAUUAUAGAGACUCUCUAGGCAGUGGUAGCUUUGGACAGGUUUUCAAAGUUAAAAACAAAUACAAAGACAUUAUAAAAAAUCCUGAUAUUUUACAAAAUAUGCCAGAUUACUAUGCCUGUAAGCAAAUACAUAUGUCUUAAGAUGGAGAAAACUAAAGUUUAUAGAUUUUUCAUGAAAUCGAAGUAUUGGAAAAGUUAAAGAAAUAUGAAAAUGUGAUUAAAUUACAAAAUUAUAUUAUUGAAGAAAGAGCAACGUAUCUUGUUUUAGAUUUAGCAGAAUCCACAUUAUAGGAUGAAAUAAAUAACAAGUAGGCUAAUUCAGAAAAGUUUGAUGAGAGUGAGAUUGUGAAGUUUCUUAUCUAAAUAGGAAAAACUUUAGCUUUAAUAUACAUCGAAGAAGGGAUAGCUCAUAGAGAUAUUAAGCCUUCAAAUAUACUAAUUAAAGAUUAAAAUUUUUAUUUAUCUGAUUUCGGAUGUGCAGAAAAAUUAUUUGAAUCAGAAGGAGCUAGAAACAAUUUAGUUAUGGGAACUUUGAAAUGGAUGUCACCUGAAUUAAGAGAAAUGAAGAAAAAUCAAGUAGUUGACUAUUUCAAAAGUGACAUAUUUAGCUUUGGGAUGUUGUUGCUUUAUAUGCUAACUCUUUCAGAUAUUUCUUCUGUAAACACUGAUGAGUUUACUAAAAACCAAAAAAUAAGAAUCAUGAAAAAUUAUUGUAAAGGUAUUUCUAAGGAAAUUAUAUUAUUGACAAGUAAAAUGUUAGAAAUGAAUCCUGACAAUAGACCUGAUGCUGGAAUAAUAAUUAAUACAAUUUAAGAUAUUGAAAAUGAUUUUAAAUAAAAAAAUUAAACUAAAUAUUUAUGA